AUGACCAUGUCAAGAGUUAAAGAACAAAAACACCGUUGGGGUGGUGCAGAUCGGGUGAAACCAAAACGACACCCAACUUAUGCCGAAAUGGUGAAAUCAGCACUUGUUUCACUGAAUAAUCGUGCUAGUUCGUCGAUUCAAACGAUAAUGAAAUACAUUUUGACUAAAUAUUUAUUAAAUGCCACACCAGCGAAAAAGUAUUGUACAAAAGCAUUGACAAAUGGUGUGACCAAAGAUGUUUUUCAUCAAACAAGAAGUGAAGAUUUUUAG